UUCAUCUUCUCUUUGGAAUCUUAUUGGUCACAAUGCAUUUCAGUGUGUUGGUCUUGCUCCUUGGGAGCGCUUUCAUCCAUCUCAGCGCAGGAGGCGUGUUUCCAGAAGAUUGCAUCGUCGAGGAUUUGCAGGGAGUGCUCGACUGCAGCUCAUCAUCGCUGCAGGAGUUCCCCGCAGGUGUCGGUACCUAUCCAUCCGCGAAACUCCUUUAUUUCCAGAACAAUGAAUUGUCUGUCAUCCCACCUCCUUCAUCCAUCAUGGAAAUGUUUCCGAAUGUUACCUACUUGGACAUCCGCGGCAAUCCCCUCCCUUGCAUGGUUCCUACUGAUUUGUUUACGGUUGUCGCUGAUUGUUUCGUUACUUCUUCAACUACCACGGAGACAAGCGAUAUCGAGUCGACCCAGAUCACAUCCCGUGAAGUUCUCACUGAUGCGCCCACGGUACCGAAAAGUGCUCCGACUGGCAGUUCAACAUCUUCCCAGUCUGUCAUGACGCCAAACCCACCGAUUACCGCUCCCACAAGUGCUUCUACCGAAACUGAAAUGACAGCCGGGAACGUCAUUUAUGCUGCUGUCGGGGCGUUCGCUGCUCUCUUCGCUUGCGGAUCGAUCGGUUGCGUGCUGUGCCGUUCUUGCCGACGCUCAGAGCGCCUUGCCCAGGAUCCCCGGCGCGAUGCAAUUGAAAUGGGCGAGGUGUCUCCCAUUGUUGAGACGACCGACCUGUAA